CCUGCUGCUGCUGCUGCCCACCACGCUGCAGCCCGCCGACGAUGACCCCCACCAAAACACGACCCCCGUGGCGGCGGCCGAGCGGCAGGCGGUGUUCCCGCUGGUCUGCAAGGCCCUCAUCAUGGGCACCAUCAUCGUGGGCGCCGUGCUCGGCAACGCGCUCGUCAUCAUCUCGGUGUUCCGGCACCGCAAGCUGCGCGUCAUCACCAACUACUACGUCGUGUCGCUCGCCAUGGCGGACCUGCUGGUGGCGCUGUGCGCCAUGACGUUCAACGCCAGCGUGGAGCUGACGGGCGGCGUGUGGCUGUUCGGCUACUUCAUGUGCGACGUGUGGAACUCGCUGGACGUGUACUUCUCGACGGCGUCCAUCCUGCACCUGUGCUGCAUCUCGGUGGACCGCUACUACGCCAUCGUGCGCCCGCUGCAGUACCCCAUCACCAUGACGCACCGCACCGUCAGCUUCAUGCUGGCCAACGUGUGGAUCCUGCCGGGGCUCAUCAGCUUCGUGCCCAUCUUCGCCGGCUGGUACACCACGGACCGGCACGAACAGUUCCGCGACCAGCACCCCGAGGUGUGCAUCUUCGUGGUGAACCGCUACUACGCCAUCAUCUCGUCGUGCGUGUCGUUCUGGGUGCCGGGCGUCGUCAUGGUCACCAUGUACUACCGCAUCUUCAAGGAGGCGGUGCGGCAGCGCAAGGCGCUGUCGCGGACCUCCUCCAACAUCAUCCUCAACUCGAUCCACCGGACGCACACGCGCCACCCGUGCCACUACUCGCACCACCUGCACCCCAGCGACGGCGAGCUGAGCCUGGCGCAGGUGUCGGCCACCACGUCGCUGGACGGCAGCCACGGCAGCCACGGCAGCGGGCCCAGCUCCAGGAACUCGUCGGCCGGCUCCACCACGUACGGCACCACCAACAUCACCACCGCCAUCACGGCCAAGGCGGCCGCCAUGGAACUCAACGUUAAUGGAGAGUCGGAAGAUAGACGUCGUAGUGGCGACUGGACUAGGUAUUCGGUCGCGAGCAAUAAUGGAACGACUGUAAGACAGCAGAGUUGGCGGACAGAGCACAAGGCGGCCCGUACUCUGGGAAUCAUCAUGGGCACCUUUAUGUUGUGCUGGUUGCCGUUUUUCCUGUGGUACGUCAUCACUACGUUGUGUGGAGAGGCCUGUCCGUCGCCCGACAUGGUGGUGGCUGUCCUCUUCUGGAUAGGCUACUUCAACUCGGCGCUCAACCCACUUAUCUACGCCUACUUCAAUCGGGACUUCCGGGAGGCGUUCAAAAACACACUUCAGUGCUUCUUCCCGUGUUGCUGUACCUGCUGGAAGCCAGCGUCUCCUGAGAACUUUGUCUAGUUGUGUAAGGUUAUACUGAAAAUGGUUGUCAAAGUACCAGUUACGUACGAUUGUAAAUACUAGAACGUUCAGAAUAGGAUUAAAGUGUUCUGAAAGCUCUUGUGAUUUUCCGGUUAGAAUAUUUACCUGGGACAGCGUCAGAAUUUACUACACGUCUGGAUUGCGACCAGUGACUCUUCAACUUAUGUUUAAAUUCUAUUCUUCCUUAUUAUGUAAUAUUGCCCGCAGUGAUAUCUGAGCAAACUAUCUAGACAACUCAUCCUACUCCUACAGCCUGCCUUAUAGUAUGUUUAGAUGAAUAAACACUUAAUAGUCAUUUUUUCGAUGAAUUUAAAACAAAUGGACUAAUUUAGGCAAUGAAAAAUCUAAUGUUCACUUGCAAUAAUUGUAAAAUCUUUGUGGUGCUCUCAAAAUGAAAAAGAACAUUGAAUAUAUCUCACAUUAGAAUAGACGCAGUGUAUGGUUUCUGCUGUUUCUUUUCAAAUGGAUGGGCCUUUCUGUCAAAAACUUUCUGAUUGAACACUUACCCUUGCUGAAUAGAUUUUCCUUUGUAAGUUAUUUUAAUGUGAUAUGCCAUCUGCGUGUAUCUGGCUGGAACUGAGCGUUUCACGACUGCUAAGCAGGCUUACGAGGUCAAAGAAUUUCUGUAGAAGAAAACGUCAAAAUGCCUUUCCCGUUCGCACUGAUAACAUUUAUGUCAGAAAGGUAACAUUUGUCCAUGCCCUAUUGUUAAUGCCAAACCAGAUCAAGCAAAACGUUGAAAGCAGGUAAUCUUUGACCGUGUGAGUUUUGCUCUUUUUAUUAAAUUGGUACCUGACUUGAUUCUUGUAGAGAAUUUUAUUCUGUGGGAAAAGACUCCUAUGAGAUUAUUUGUUCGAUAGGAUAAUUAUCAAUUUCUAUUUACAUGUAUAAUAUAUUCUUAGAUUGUUCCAUAAGACUUCACGGUUUCCGCGUGUUGUCUGUCCUUCUACGACUGCUAACAUUAAGUAUCAAAAUAAGUUUAAAGACAUGCUUGGAAAUAAUAAAAUGUUACUAAACUUAAGAGUAGGUAAAUUUGAAAUCACAAUAUGGUGCUAUGUAGUGUUAGUGAAAAUGAAUUGAUAUUUUCAAACCUGUUAUUUUUCGCUAAUGUAGCGACACAUAUUUUGUACUAGAUACGACAGUCACUGUUACAAUCAACAUGGCUCAUGACAAAAGCUACUCGACAGAUCUGAUAAAAAAGUAAUAAGACCACGUCAUUAUAGCUCAAGUAUAAACACAUUUGUCAGCAACUCUGAUCAUCGAGCGAUUCUUCUGCAAAGAUUUUGAAAGCCCGUUACUUUGAAAGUCAUAUCUUGUUGCAGUCGAAAUGCCUACAAGUGUUCUGACUUUGUUUCCCGACAGAAGUAAUGCCGAAUUAUCUCACACCGCGAACAGCAGCGGAGGCUUCCUGCCAAAAUCCUCGAGGUGUGGCGGCUCUCAGCACGCUUUAGCGCCUUAGCCCUGAGAUUCCGUGCGCCACACUUCCAUUCCUACCAAAGUAUGCAAAUUGCGUCCCCAACCUCGGUGUCCCGCCUCCAGCUCGCUUCUGCACUUUACUUUGUAGCCAACUUCGGUGAGAACCCAGAUUCAGUAAACUCUGCUUCAGAAGACGUUUUGCUUUGGACAUUUGUUGUAAAAACAAUAUUAUUUUUCCAUCUUGAAUGAUGUCUUUCUGCUAAAACAAUGGCUGUAAACGUCAUGCAUUAAUCUUCUUUCGGUAGAACAUAUGGACUGUGAUAAGGACUUGAAUUUCUUUCCAAACACUACGUGUAUCAGCCAAUUACAUGAACAUGACAUUUUGUGAUGCCGACGGAAGCUAAAAGGUGCUUGACUUUGAAAAAUGACUGUGAUAUUCUCAAUUGUUAAUAAAUUUGUAAAUUAUUUAAACAAAUAGUGAUAGUUGUACUCUAAAUGAGUAAACGAGAAAUUAAAUUAA